AGAGAAAUAUUCAACUGUCACCACAAGGCCCUCUAAUCUAAAUACCAUUCCCCACAAGCAGAGAUGCAAAAAAAACCAGAAUCAGAUCACAUCAAGAUCACAAUCACUGCUGCUAACCACAAGGCCUCCACAUAUAUAGGGGUAGGCACAGGCAGCCAUCAGCAAGAUCACAAUUACUGCUGCUAAGUGCUAACCCCCAUUUCAGAAAAGACACCUCACACACCUUCCAUUUUAGGAAGGUGAAGAGGGGGAAGAGGAGGAGAGAAGCCAAGCCAACGAGCAGCCCAGCGCUGCUGAAGACGAAUCCAGCCCUGGGAGGAGGAGGAGGAGGAGAUGAAGGAGAGGGAGAAGGUGGUGCGCUUGGCCAAGCUCGCCGAGCAGGCGGAGAGAUACGAUGACAUGGUUGAAUUUAUGAAGAAACUUGCUAGGAUGGAUGUGGAUAUGAGUGCUGAAGAGAGGCUUUUAUUUUCAGUUGGUUUUAAGAAAACUAUUGGUGCCAGGAGAGCAUCAUGGAGAACCCUUGAAUCACUCGAGCAGAAGGUGACAGCUGGUGAGCAGGCAGGUGUAACGAUAAAUGGUUACAAAAAGAAAGUAGAGGAUGAGCUAAGAGCAGUUUGCAAUGAAGUAUUAUCAAUUAUUGCUAUUCAUUGCCUUCCCUUGGCCAAUUCGGGUGAAAAUGUCGUGUUCUUUUAUAAGAUGAAAGGAGACUACUACCGUUACUUGGCUGAAUUUAGUGCUGGAACUGAAAGGAAGGCUGCUACUGACCAGUCCCUCAUGGCCUAUCAGCAUGCUAUGGUUGUUGCCUCCAGUGAGCUUUCACCUGCCCAUCAAUUCAGGCUUGGCCUUGCACUCAACUUCUCCGUCUUCUUUUAUGAGAUAAUGAACUCUACUGAAAGAGCUAGCCAAGUGGCAAAACAAGCACUUGAUGAGGCUAAUGAUGAGAUUAAUUCUGCUGGUGUGGAGGGUUACAAGGACAGCAUGCUUAUGAUGCAGCUCCUGAAGGAAAACCUAGCACUGUGGACAUCAGAACUAACUGGAGGUGGAACGUCUAAGGACGAUGACGUUGUUAUGGAGGGCUGACUUUCUGAAAUGUUGUAAAGGCUCCAGCAUGUCAGCAAAACAAUCAGGAACAAUACUGAUACUGAAGUUGCGACCUCUAGCAUGGGAGCCGUGGAAAUCAUCCGUAUUUUUCUCUGUAGUUUCUUCUGUUUUUUUUUUGGCCUCGCCUGGUAUUGGUGUGGCCCCUAAAGUAUUUUCAGAGUUUGGGUUUGCUGGCCUUGCACCAGCUUUGGUGAUAUUUUGAGAGCUUGGAGUGGUCACCAACCCAGCUUUGAUGUUAGUUUGGAAGUGUACUUUUUUUUUUCAAUGCUUGUUAAGCAUCUUUGUAUACCAAAGGGGUGAUGAACUAUAUCUCUCUUAAUGAUGAUGGAAUAAACGUCUCUUGUAUUAAGUUGAAUACAUGCUCCAGUAGUUCAGUG